GAUAGGUUUUGGAUAACCAUAACUGAGGCACCAUCAUGCUACUCAUCUCCAUUGCCCUCUUUCUUCACGGUUCAUUUUUCAGAUGGAAGAACAUUGUUGAAGUGGGUGGUUCCCAUGUCCGACUGGUGAGAGGGGAUAGUUGCUGUUCUGGCACAGUGGAGGUCUACCAGAAUGGGAUGUGGAGAUCCAUAUGCAGCAGUAGUUGGACUCCUGCCAACUCAAAGGUGGUCUGCAAAGAACUCAACUGUGGUUCAUAUUUCAAUACUGUGAAACCGACUAAACAAGAGAUGAUUGAGCACACCCAGGGUGGUGUGUCCUGCACUGGCAAUGAGAACUCGCUGCUAAACUGUGGCAACUUUGGCAUGCAAGUCACCAAUUGUAGCAGCUCUGAGGUCAUCAUUUCUUGCCAAGAAAAGCAGAGUCUCAGACUGGUGAAUGGAUACAGCUGCUGCUCUGGAAGAGUGGAAAUCAAUAAAGGCGUCCAACAGUGGAGAACAGUAAGCCAGAAAGGCUGGAACAGGAAUGCGGCCAAUGCUGUCUGUGGCGAAAUUCAUUGUGGGGAGGCUUUGUGGACCGAACCUUCAUGGAAUGUUGAUUUUGGGAAUGGUGACAAUCCAACAUGGGUUUCUUUGGAAUGUGGGGAAAAUGCAACGGAGCUAAAGAGUUGCAAGGAAACCAUGGAAAGCAAUUAUACAGGGAAUGCAGCCGGGGUCAUAUGCUCAGAUGUAAGACUCAUCAAUGGCCCAAACUCCUGUGCAGGAAGUUUGGAAUUAUAUUCCAAGAUCUUCAAAAGGUGGGAUAAAGUCUGUUAUGAAAAUUUGGAAAUUAAUGAUGCCUGUGUGGUGUGUAAGCAGCUGCAAUGUGGCAUAGGAGCAUCAGUACAAAUUGGAGAGGGAGUCAAAUCAGCCUUGUUUGUGUCAGCUGAUUGCAACGGUACAGAAGAGAAGCUGAGUAUGUGCAUGAAGAAGACCUGCAACAUCAGAAAUACGGUCACCAUAACCUGCUCAAACACAUAUUCACUUUUAAGAACAUCUGUACUGCUGCCUAUUGCUGGUGUUGCUGUCAUCCUGCUACUGGGGAUCUUUCUUGUUUUCCUAAGAUGUCAAAAGCGACGUCAAAGAAGCAUGAGUUUUACCAAUCAAAAAAUGAUCAACUUGAAGAAUUCUGAGAAAAUGAAAGUGACAAAAUACUAUGGAGAAAAGGAGAACACAUACAUUGAUUCUGACUCAGAGCCAGUUUAUGCUAAUGCUUUCUUUCCUGCCCAGAACACCUCCUCAGAGUCGAUUUAUGUUAAUUAUCAACAAUAAA